ACACAAUCCACAGGAGGCUUAGGGGUACCAAAAAUUACCAACUAUUAUGAGGCGGCUAUUCUCGAAUCCGCCAUAAAGCUCCAUGCCCCUAAACACACCUUUCAAUGGGUGGACAUGGAAAACGACAAAACACACCCUCAUCCCAUACUACACAUAAUGUGGUCACCAACAAUACAUCGACCCAAAAAAAUAAUACUAUAUCCUACCUCUACAGUAACACUCAAAUACUGGGAUAAACU